AUGUGGAUCAAGAGCAGUGACAUGGACGUCAACGUGAGGACGAGGAGCAAGAUCCCGAGGUUCUUCUCAAGGCUGGAGGAGGCGACGCUGAGAGAGGAGCCGUCGGCUAACGUCACGCUGGUGCUGAACGCGCGGGUGCCGCUUGCCCGGCUGACACUGAGAGGAACGAACUUCGACGUGACGCACGAAUGGGGAGAGGACAACGUGAUAGCAAGACAUCAUGUCCAGGUGCGGGAAUGGGCGAGGAGGUACAGCAGGGACGAGGCCGUCUGCCAGAGCAUGCGACUGAUCAAGGUGUGGGCUGGGGCGCAGAGGUUGAACAGUCCGACAGAGGGAGGUCUCAACUCCCUGGGUUGGUUUGUCCUGUUCCUGUCCUCUGUCUCCGAUCUUCUCCCUCCUCAGCACGAGGAGCAUGACGAUGAGGUGGUGGGCGGAGGGAAGAGGGGGAGGGUCGCGGCCCCUGCAUGA